AUGGAGGAUCCAGGGAGCAGCAAGCUGGAUGUAUACUCGGCAAAAAUUCGACGGACAUACCAGUACUGGUUAGAUCGAUCAGUGAUCUACACCAUGUGGCGAUGGGGGUUGUUUUUCGUAUCGGUGUGUCUGUUUCUCUUGAGGAUUUACCUGGUGAAGGGCUGGUUCAUCGUCACGUACGGACUGGGGAUUUUUCUCCUCAACAACUUGAUCGGCUUCCUCUCCCCCCAGAUUGAUCCGGAGUCGGAGGGGCCGGGGCUUCCAACGUCGGGGUCGGAUGAAUUCAGGCCGUUCAGCCGACGCCUGCCGGAGUUCCAGUUCUGGCUGUCCUCGCAGAAAGGGCUGCUGAUGGCGUUCGGCAUGACGUUUUUUAGCCUUUUCGACAUCCCCGUCUUCUGGCCGAUACUCCUCAUCUACUUCAUAGUCCUCAUGUUCUUGACAAUGAAGCGGCAGGUGAAGCAUAUGAUCAAGCACAAGUACGUUCCGUGGAACUGGGGCAAGGCCACCUACAAAGGGGGCGCCUCUAACGGGACAGGGGGUGGAAAACCGUUCAAGAACAACAAGUGAUAGCGUAGCAUCGGCGGGAGGGGUGGGUUCUCGUUCUUUUGUUGGUGGUGUGGGGAGGGGUAGAGAGGUGUGUGGG